CGUGCAACUACAAACCAUAACCUAAACCUCCCCAUGAGCUGUACAUAUACGGCCUGGAAGAGCCCGGCAAUGCAGCACCACGGACAAGGCGUACCACCGGCGAAGAGUUCGACGUGGCGUGACGUGACGUACCACCGACCUCCACGAUGGUCGACCGCCACCGCGCCUUCGUCGCCGCCGCGACGCUCUGCCUCGUCUUCGCCCACGGCAUGGCCGCGGCGCGGCCGCUGGAUGGGGACCAAUUUGCCGGCGUGGCACCGGCGGCGGCGGCUGCGGAUAUGGCGAUGGACGUGUCGGCGGCGUCGCCGGAUGGUUCUGCCACGUGGGAGCGCGGGGACGAGGCCCUCGGCGCCGGGAAGUGGCUGCCCCUGCCGCUGCCGACCGCGCUGACCGGCGGCCUGCGGUUCCCGGGGGUGUUCCAGUUCCCUGCGGCGACCGUGGGCGCGUCCAUGCCGUGGAUGGCCGGCGCGCCGCCCGCGCUCGCCGGGCCGGGGAUGCCGGCGCUCGUGCCGCCGUACGUCGGCGUGACCCGACAGGAGCAGCUCAGCGUGUGGGCCUCGCUGUUCAACCCGUUCCGUGUCAGGCCGAGGGUGCCGGCCCAGCCGUCGUCGGUGCCGGCGGAGCCCAGGGUCCCCGCCGUCGCCAGCGCAGGGCUCGACAGGACGACGACGGUGGACCAGCCGGCCGGCGGCGCGCAGAUCGGCGAGCCCAAGUGGGGCGUCUUCUUGGGAUCCGCUACUCCAAACAACAACGGCUAGCUUAAUUGAAAAACAAAAAAACAAAAGCGAAACUCUGAAAAUGCUACUUUUAAAAGCAUUUUAAAAUCAUUUUUUUACAAACAUUGACAAAAAGUUUCAAGUACUUGCAAAAAUUUGUCAUGGCAACGAGUGCCACCAUGACCAGAAUUGCCACUCUUGCCGCCACUGGCUUAGCUUAGCUCAGCUAUGCUGCUUCUAGUGCUGUGACAUUGUCAGUGCAGUGUCUCCUUUGGUCUGCUCUGUUUCUACUUAGUUUACUCCACUGGCUUCAUCUGCGGGGUCAAGAAGGAAGAAGAAGCAAAGGAGGAGAGUUUGCAGCUAGCUAAGAUGGCACGAGAAACUUUAUAUGAUGGUGGUGAGAUCUUACAAGAGAAGAUUUCAUGAUUUCUUCCAAGUAGAAGGAUUAUGUACUACUAAAGUAAGCCUCCUUGUAUUUUCUUGACGUGGGCAGUUUGCUGUUUGCUUUGUGCCAAAACACCUCACCUGAUGAACAAAUGUGAGGAGUUUGGAGCUAGAGGAAGGAAACAUGCGAUAAAACAGGGUACUUUCUUUGAAGGAAAAGAAGAUUAAUUAAA